AUGGGCGAUGGCGUGAGAUAUGAUCGACGUAGCGUCGUAGAAGACUAUCUCCCGGAGUACAUUACAAUUACGACGAAAUAUCUUCUGAGUGCCAUAACAUCCGGUUGCAUGUGCGAGAGUGCUGCGGGCAGGAUCCAAGUGCGAGACGGCAAGGUUCAUGCCAUUACGUACACCGAGGAGGCCUUGAAGCCAAAAAAUGCCUCCAUCUGCAAGCGGCAUUUAUGGACACGGGCCAUCCUUCAUCUUUCAACGAGGUCUGACCACACAGCUCGAAGAUGCAUGGCAUGGUUUGAGGCAAAUAAUUUGGAGGUGCUGGAACGGCCAGGGAACAACAGACCGCAACUCAAUUAA